ACCCCGCCCUGAGAGCCCGGGCGGGCCGCUACACGCCUUCUCUUUCCUACAUCUGGUCCAGUCGGUCUUCCUCCGGCGCCGGCCCUCGCCGAGCUAGCUGGCCAUGGAGGGUAAUGGCCCCACUGCCGUCCACUACCAGCCGGCCAGCCCCCCGCGGGACGCCUGUGUCUACAGCAGCUGCUACUGUGAAGAAAAUAUUUGGAAGCUCUGUGAAUACAUCAAAAACCAUGACCAGUAUCCUUUAGAAGAAUGUUAUGCUGUCUUCAUAUCUAAUGAGAGGAAGAUGAUACCUAUCUGGAAACAACAGGCGAGACCUGGAGAUGGACCUGUGAUCUGGGAUUACCAUGUUGUUUUGCUUCAUGUUUCAAGUGGAGGACAGAGCUUCAUUUAUGAUCUCGAUACUGUCUUGCCAUUUCCCUGCCCCUUUGAUACUUAUGUAGAAGAUGCCUUUAAGUCUGAUGAUGACAUCCACCCACAGUUUAGGAGGAAAUUUAGAGUGAUCCGUGCAGAUUCAUAUUUGAAGAACUUUGCUUCUGACCGAUCUCACAUGAAAGACUCCAGUGGGAAUUGGAGAGAGCCUCCGCCGCCAUAUCCCUGCAUUGAGACUGGAGGUAUCAGUCCAGUUGAUAAUUUCCUGACAUUUAAGAAGAUAAAGAUUCCUUCACCCUAUUACUAUUGUUUGGCAUUCAUAUGAGUUUGAAGCAUUAUUUAUGUUUAUUCCAAAAUGAACCUGAACGAUUUCAUCAGUAUGGAUCCCGAGGUAGGAUGGGGCGCUGUCUACACACUAUCCGAAUUUACACAUCGGUUUGGCAGUAAAAACUGCUAAACUUGGCCUCAAGAUGUGGAACUGUGGAGAAAUUCUAGGACAUGAACAAGCUAUCCCUUCAUCGAGGACAGCAAACAUUAUGGUACAGUUGGCUUGGAAUUAUGUCUUUCUCUUUUCAUUUGAUUGAGUGGAAAUCUGACUGAAUACAAAUAUGAAUAACAACAUAAAAACUUUUGUUUUGAUAUGUCAAAUUGAAACUUGAUAUAGUGUGUACUUGCUAAGAUAUUCCUGUGGCUCAUUUGUUAAAACAUGAGGACUUAAGCCAGUAAUCGUUUUUGUUCAGGUAGAGGUGUGGAGGUAGAGCCAGCCCCUCAUGUCUGUUCUGGAUGUUUUGUGUCUCUCCAGCUACAUUGUAAGCUCCUUGAGGGCAGGGCCAUGGCCCGUUGCUCUGUGAAUCUCAAAUGCCCAUAAAAGGUGCCCAUAAAAUGUUUUCUUGAACAUUUCAAUGUGCUGUUGUUUGGAAAGGGGUACUAUUGUGAGCUGAAUCAGCAAUAAGUAUUAGUAUUUUUGGACUAUGGUAUUGUUAAAAAGAUUGCAGCCCUCUCAAAUUUGAGUGUUACUUGGUUUAUUUAUUUAUGACUUUAAAUAAAAUUGAUUUAACAUU